AUGGUACGUCAGCUCCACGAUGGCAUGAUGGCGCGAGUCACGGACGAUGAAGCUGUCUCAGAGGCAUUUGCAGUGACCAACGGAGUGGAGCAGGGCUGCGUCCUCGCGCCCAUCCUCUUCAGUCUCAUGUUCACUGCCAUACUGUUGGACGCCUACCCUGAAGAACGCCCCGGGGUCCGCGUCGCCUUCAGGACGGACGGCCACCUACUCAACCACCGGCUAAUGCACUUUUAA